GUGAGCUCGCGUUCAGCUGUCAAAGUACUUAACAAGUGUGAGACUGAGUAUUUUAAAAAUAUUAUGUGCAGUGAAUUAUUGUGAAUCGAUCGUAUAGUACAUUUUCAUGAGAAAUUAAACAGUAAUAUCGAUUUUAUUAUUGUUGUUUAGACUAAAGUAACUAUGGGGGUUUUACCGUACAAAUAUUUGUGAUACGUCAAAACAAAAAUCAAAAUAAAUACUAAAUUUCCUUACUGUGAAUGUAACAAGACAUUUUCAUAAAUAAAUCACUGAUUUAAUCGAUCUGAAUAGUUUAAUAACAUCGACGUGGACGUUAGAGCUUUAUAGAAUAGAUUUCAAAAUGUCUAAAGUGUCUUUAAGCAAUAUUCCAUCAAAUCCAAGAAUAAAUCGCCUGCGUACAUUUUCUAGGACCGAAAGUGAAACAUCAUGCGAGGAAGCAGCGAGAUUGACAGCAGAUGGAGCUGAUGAUGAUGACGAGGCUUAUGACUAUCGAGAACUCCCACCACCGCCGGACGGUGGAUAUGGCUGGGUCGUGGUGUUCGCCUCGUUCAUGUGCAAUCUGGUGGUGGACGGCAUCGCCUACACAUUUGGGAUAUUCCUCUCAGAACUGGUCACGUUCUACGGCGAGGGUAAAGGGACGGUGGCUUGGGUUGGAAGUCUUUUGUCUGGAGUAUAUUUAGCAGCUGGUCCUGUUGUGUCAGCAUUAUGUAAUAAAUAUGGAUGCAGAGCUGUCUGCGUGGCUGGUUCCUUCGUAGCAACGAUAGCAUUUGUCCUCUCCACCUUCAGUCAGAGUGUCACCAUGAUGAUGCUCACCUAUGGUGUAUUGGGAGGGAUCGGUUUUGGUAUGAUCUACCUACCUUCGGUGGUGGCAGUGGGCUACUACUUCGAAUCACGACGUUCCCUGGCCACUGGCAUCGCAGUGUGUGGUUCAGGAGUCGGCACAUUCAGUUUUGCACCUUUAGCCACCAUACUUCUUCAAGAGUUCGGAUCAUGGCAGAGCGCGAACCUUCUGCUGGCGGGUUUAAUCCUAAAUUGCGCGAUUUUCGGAGCCCUGAUGAGGCCACUCGUGUAUCCAAAGUCCUCGGGCGAGAAGCCGCUCCUCCAGCGGAUGGCCGAAGAGAAGAGGAUGCAGAUGGAGCGAGGUUCCAUAGGAGGAUCCUACUUCGUGGUGCAAUUGCCUGAUGGGACUAUGGAGAAGCGGAUGAAGGCCCCGCUAAACAUAGACCCGGGCGUCCACUCGUCGUUAAACCUGGAAGCGCUCGCCCGAGUGCCCACUCUGCCCAACAUGCCCAACGUGCCGACUGUGCCUACUUUGCCCACCAUCACCGAAGCUCGAGUGACGCCUGACGAGGUCAAGGAGAAAAAGGGUGAGAAUGGGGCAACCCCGAACUCGCAAGCCAUAUCUCGGAAUGUGUCGUCCCCGGCCUUCAGUGCGCAGGCGCCGGGUCUGCCCAAGAACGGGUCCGUGCCGUUCUUCGACAGGCAACGGAAACAGAGCACCGGCGAUAGGUCAGACAAUGAUAGAUUUAAACCGUCAUUAGCUGCAAUCAAAGCAACGUCCAAAACGUCUAUUGCGAGUCAUCUAAGGGCUGACGAUUCGGAAGGCGUGUACAACUCGAAGUUGUCAGUGGCCGCUCCCAAAGAGCCCUCGAGGAUGGUCCGGCCCAUGUCCAGGAAGGACAUAUUCUAUUCCGGAUCAGUUCUCAACCUGCCUCAGUACCAGAGCCAGAAGUCCCUCCAAGGGUACAGGAACUCUGUGCUCAGUCUACCCCAGAGCAGGCAGACCGGGGACUUGGAGAGACAGGAACAAUACGACCUGUGUCCCUGCCUGGGCCUGCCCGCGUCAUUCAAGUCGGCCCUGUCCUCGAUGCUGGACGUGAGCCUGCUGCGCGACCCCGCCUUCAUGAUGAUCGGCGUCUCCAACGUGUUCGGCAUGGCCGGCCUCUACGUGCCCUUCGUCUACAUCGUGGACGCUGCCGUCAUGAAUAAAGUGGACGAGUCGAAGGCGUCCUUCCUCCUUUCCAUAAUCGGGAUAACGAACACGUUCGGGCGGAUAAUGUGCGGGUGGGUGGCCGACUUCCCCUGGAUGGACUCUCUCUUGCUCAACAACAUCUGCCUGGUCAUCGCUACGAUAUCAGUAGCGGUGAUCCCCUUCUGUACGACGUACGCGGCCUACGUGGCGGUGGCUAUCGCCUUCGGACUCGCUAUUUCCGGCUACAUCUCCCUAACCUCGAUAAUCCUGGUGGACCUGCUGGGCCUGGACAAACUGACGAACGCCUUCGGCCUGCUGAUCCUGUUCCGAGGAGCGGCAGCCAUCGUCGGCUCCCCUCUGGCCGGGGCCGUGUACGACGCGACCAAGAACUACGAUGCCUCCUUCUACAUGGCUGCCGUUUUCUUUUUGGCCUCCACGCUCACUUCCUUCGCCGCCCCCAUGUUCAGAAGGAAACAAGAGGAGGCCGCCCAGCCGCUGGACGUCCUGACUCCUAUCGACGAGGACAUGGAGGAGGACGAGGACCCCGACGACACGCCCAUCACAAUGGGAGCCCUUCACCGGCCCACCAUCACGCGCACCGCGGCCUCACCCUCCGACCCGCCGACUCCCGAAAAGAAUCCCCCUCGAGGGGAGCAGAGGGAGAGCGUGCUCUAACCGAAGGCCAGUCCGUGUACGGAACGUGUGUACGUUAAGCGUACGAGCGUACACUGUUAAAGGGGUAAUUGCGACUUUGCUCACGUCCAUUUUCAAUUUUUACGGAUACGACCCGAUAAUCAAUUCUAAAAAUAUUCAAAUUGUCAAAACAAAUAUAGAAAAAUCUUCAAAUAGAGAGAGUUACAGAUAAUAGCAAUAAGUGAGGAAUUGAUUUUAUAUCGUGUUUUAGAUAGCAACACUACGACUAAGUUUGCCAGAUUGAAAAAUUUACUUACGGUACUGUUUGAUUUAUUUAUUUUUACCGUUUUGGUAUUUUAUUCGUUAGACUAAAAAUCAUUUACGUUUUGUAUUUUAAAACUGAAAAUUUAUAUAUAAAAAUAUUUUAACUUUGGUAACCCCGUGGCGAAAGUUUUAGUGAGGUUAUCGUUCAAAGCUAGGUAUAUAUAUACAGAUAUUUUAAUAAUUUUAUCUACUUUUGAUGAUGAAUUUAACAUAUUGUCUUUAAAAUAAUUCUUAUUUCCGUAAACAUACCCGAGCUCUGGAUCGUGUUUUCGGUUUUUCAUACAAAGUGCUUCGCUCCAACUCACGUUAACACAUAAACCGUACUGACGUAUCCGUUUUACGUUACCGACACGUUGACGUAUCCGUUUUACGUUACCGACACGUUGACGUAUCCGUUUUACGUUACCGACACGUUGACGUAUCCGUUUUACGUUACCGACACGUUGACGUAUCCGUUUUACGUUACCGACACGUUGACGUAUCCGUUUUACGUUACCGACACGUUGACGUAUCCGUUUUGUCGCGAACCUUUGUUAUAAUAAAUUUAAUCUCUUAAUUUCUCUAUGAAUUUACGAGAUAGAGCUCGACAGUGCCAUAGAUAUUUGAAAUUGCCUUAGAUAAUAAAUUCACAAUGAAACGGUACUUAUAAUAAGUACUUAGACAAAUGUAAAUACAAUGUACAUACACGUUUGCACAUAGAAGUAGCUAGGAUUCUAUUCCAGAACUUAAUUCAUGAUUCACUGUCAUCUGUCAGACGUCCUUUGGCCACGAAGUGCGAACUGUCAUAUGUCAGCUGUCAAACUGUUAAAGUAAUAAAAAAAUACGAAAGUUUCACGUUUAAAUAAUAAUAAUAAAGCCAAUUUAAUUCCAUAUUAAAAAUGACAAGUUAUUUUCAUUACUGCGUGUUUUGCAGUACGCCUGUGUAAAGGCCCCGAAUUUUCUAUUUGGAUCUGUUCUUAGCUUCCUCCAUUAUAUAUAAUUAUAACUUGAACGUAGGCUUUUCCAAAUCAAAACUUAAUAACCAAAAAUAACCUCAAAAUGGCGGCGAUGCGCAAAAUUAAACAAAUCUAAAGGCCAUAAAAUCCAACAUUCUAAAUCUAAAACAUCCUUUGUCUGUGGUUCGCACUUACGUUGUAUAAUUUAGUUUAUGGAGUUUGACAUUUGUGACAGGAGCGAGUUAUCUUUUGGAAUAUAACCUAAAAUUUAUCAAUAGUAAUUUGUGGUCAAGAUUCAAUAGUAGCUAAAGCGUCAAAUCAAUAUCUUGCAAAACUCAUUUGACUUUUGAAACAUUCAACCAAAAAUAUUCGCCAAAUCUGCUCGUCCAGUAUUCAGAUUGUCCGACUAAACCUAUAAGGAUGAAAUUUUAUGCCUUGUGUACGUUCGAUAUGCUCAAAUGGAUGCAUCUAACAGGUGUUUGGAUGCAUUUUGUAUAGAUAACUUAAGAUGGGCAAUUACGGAACGAAUACGUCUGGUAUUUCGUUCGUACGAACUGUAUGAAAAGAUAUUCGUACUAAACUAGUUUUCGUGCUUAUACCACAGACUAGUAGAAGGUUAAGAUGAACUUAACUUUCAUUAUGAUUUAUGUAACCCUCUUCAUAAAAGUGUCGCUUUGUCUCUGUCUGUCAAAUUAUGUUAUCGCUGUGAUGAAACGGGACAGAGUACUUCAAUACAGUGCAAUUGGAUUGUAUGUCUAUCUCUGUCUGUCAAAUUGUGUUAUCGCUGUGAUAAAAAGAGACAGAGCACUUCAAUACAGUGCAAUUGGAUUGUAUGUCUAUCUCUGUCUGUCAAAUUGUGUUAACGCUGUGAUCAAAAGAGACAGAGCACUUCAAUACAGUGCAAUUGGAUUGUAUGUCUAUCUCUGUCUGUCAAAUUGUGUUAACGCUGUGAUAAAAAGAGACAGAGCACUUCAAUACAGUGCAAUUGGAUUGUAUGUCUAUCUCUGUCUGUCAAAUUGUGUUAACGCUGUGAUCAAAAGGGACAGAGCACUUCAGUACAGUGCAACUGGAUUGUAUGUUUAUCUCUGUCUGUCAAAUUGUGUUAAUGCUGUGAUCAAAAGAGACAGAGCACUUCAGAACAGUGCAACUGGAUUGUAUGUCUAUCUCUGUCUGUCAAACUGUGUUAACGCUGUGAUCAAAAGGGACAGAGCUCUCCAGAACAGUGCAGUAUUGGAUGACCAAAGGGGGUUAUUGUCGAAGUCUAGGGCUUGCUAUCCUUGAUUUUUCGAUGCUUUUACCAUUGCGAACAAUCAUGUAUAUAUGUCAAUUUCGUUGGAAACCAAAAAAAUGUGUACACACGUAAUUUUACGGAGAUGAAAUAUAUAUUUUUGGUCACGUAUUAUGUCGAAAGUACAUAAUUUAGCUUUAAGUGUAGAUAGGCUAUUGUGAUAAUGACGCAAUGUUAAUAAUUUCUUCACUUUCGUGUAAUUGUGUAUUAGCAUGUCCCGAGAUGUCGAGUUUACUCUUGUUAUAGCUUUAUGAAACCAAAAGUGUUAUUAUGUUUUAAGAUUUAAAAAUGUUUAGGGAAUAUUGUUGACGUUUUCCUGAAGGGAUCGAAAUCGAGACAAAUUCAUAAUUAGUAGUCACGUUUCAAGGCUUAAAUAGAUUUAAACCAAAUUGGCGGCUGAACAUGCUCGCCGAGUAAGUGGAGCUCUUGUAGACAUCGGUUUCUGGAGUCUUAAAGGUCUCUCCUCAAAGGUCUGCAAUUGAACCGACCUCUCGACGAGUGUGUAACCGCCCUUUUAUUCAGUAUUGGCUCAAAGUAUUGUUUUCUAUUAAGCUAUUGACACUAGGUUCAUAAAAUAUUUUGUCCCACAUUUUAUAUAAAAUUAAUUAUUAUAUAUAUAUGUAAAUAAUUAUUUUUCUAAUUUAUUAAUAUAUAUUUGUAUGAUUUUAAUUAAAAUAUUUUUGGACAAGUGUGAAUUCAGCUUAAUGCUUAUCGGUUAUGAAACUGCGCCGUGCUAUUGUCGAUGUCCACCGAAUGUUUUGUAAAUAACCGACUCAUUAAAUGAUAAUGAUGACUGA